AUGUUUAAAUUAUUAGUGACGUGUCUUAUGAUAACAACUAUUGUCGCGGGUGUACCUAAACCCGAUGACAUUAAUUCCCGUGUUUUUGAUAAGGAACUAAGUGACCAAGAACAUUUCAUAAAAUCCCACCACAACCCAGCAUAUGACCACGAAGCAUUUCUUGGCGAAGAAGCAAAAACUUUCGACCAAUUGACUCCUGAAGAAAGCUCCCGGCGUCUUGGAUUGAUUGUCCAUAAGAUCGAUAAGGACAAUGACGGAUUCGUGACCCAGGAAGAGCUGAAAGACUGGAUCCGUUACACCCAGCAACGCUAUAUCCGGGACGACGUUGAGCGUCAAUGGCAGUCUUACAGCACAGAUGAGACAGAAGACAAGAUUCCCUGGGAAACUUACAAGAAAAUGGUCUAUGGUUUCAUGGAGGAGAAAGACUACGACCCAAAAGUUCACGAUGGCGACGACAAUUACUCUUACGCGGUGAUGUUGAAGCGCGACCGUCGAAGGUGGACUGUCGCAGAUCAAGAUGGCGACGAUGCGCUAACCAAAGAGGAGUUCACUGGUUUCUUGCAUCCUGAGGAACGUGAACACAUGAAAGACGUUGUCGUUCUUGAGACACUUGAGGACAUUGAUAAGGAUGGAGAUGGAAAGAUUUCGUUAAUUGAAUACAUAGGUAAGUUUUCUUCUUUACAAAAGUAA